AUGGUGGCCUUCAGGUUCCAUCAGUACCAGGUGGUGGGGCGCGCGCUGCCGACGCCCGGCGACGAGCACCCCAAGAUCUACCGCAUGAAGCUCUGGGCCACCAACGAGGUCCGCGCCAAGAGCAAGUUCUGGUACUUCCUGAGGAAGUUGAAGAAGGUUAAGAAGAGCAACGGCCAGGUCCUUGCCAUCAACGAGAUCUUCGAGCGUAACCCAACGACGAUCAAGAACUAUGGCAUCUGGCUGCGCUACCAGAGCAGAACCGGCUACCACAACAUGUACAAGGAGUACCGUGACACAACCCUGAAUGGCGCUGUGGAGCAGAUGUACAAUGAGAUGGCUUCUCGCCACCGUGUGAGGUCCCCCUGCAUCCAGAUCAUCAAGACCGCGACCGUGCACUUCAAGCUGUGCAAGAGGGACAACACCAAGCAGUUCCACAACAGUGAGAUCAAGUUCCCACUCGUGUACCGCAAGGUCAGGCCGCCGACCAGGAAGCUGAAGACCACGUUCAAGGCUUCGAGGCCGAACCUGUUCAUGUGA